CUUCUCAGUCUCCUUCAUCUACCUUACAUCUCAACGUAAACAAAAGGAACUCUAUCAAAUAGACAAUCUUGCAUCUCAUUGCAAUUCUAUACUACUCUCAUUAUCCAAUCAGUUUGGGGGGGUUGAAAUCCUAUUACUUUCCCAAUCGACACCUUCGUUGCCUACGACAACCACGACAACGACGCCACGAUGAGCAAGACCCAGAUCCAGCAGAGGGCUCUGCAGGCCAAGCGGAAACAGCAGAAAAAUGAGGCCGAAUCCAUCGAAAAAUUGAAGACCAAGUGCGCGGAGGAGCAUAGUAAGGCCCACGUUGCCCACUGCAAGGACUGUUACGGGGAGGUUGUGGAGACGAUGAGAAGCAGAUAUGCUGAUUCCAAGGAUGAGUGGUUCUCCGACAACAAGGCCUUCCUAAGUGAUCUCGAUGGCUUAUUCGCCAAGCUGAAAGACUUUACGGAAGACCUCAAGUCCAUCGAGGCUCGGAUCGACAAGGAAAAGCAGAGACAUUACCGCGAAACUCUGCCCAAAUCGGUAGCGGGACAGAUCGCUGAGGCCUCGAUUGGUAAAGACGAAUUCCAGGCUUCGUUGGAGGACGAGCAAAAAUCCACCGCUGCUGUUAUUGAAGAUGUUCGAAAAGUAGUCGGUAGAGGAGUCAACAGCGCACCGGGUUUGGAGGAGCUUGCACCGAAAUUCGACGACCUGCCGCCAGAGAAGGCAACCGACGUCGUCAUUGACGUCUUCUUCCGCAACCCGAGCACGGGCGAAAUUCCGGCAUCAUGCAGUAAGUACGUGGAGAAGCUGCGGUCCGGAGCAUCCAUCGACGAAGUGAUGGGGGCCAUGCAGGCCGACAAGUCGGCUAGGUCCAAUGCUGCCGGGAACAUGGACAGGCACAAGCGAACACUGAAUGAGCUCAAGAGGGCGCAAGCAGCACACGAGCAGGAUAAGCUCCUGAAAUCUCAGAAGCGGCAGCAGCCCCCGCCUCAGGGGCCGCAAGUCAACAAGGAAUUGUACGAUCUGCCGCCGUGCCUCGCAUGCUCCGGCAAGGUCUCAUCGGACGUGAUCGCGUGCCCUCUGUGUUUGAUCUUUGCCGAGUUGAGCCUCACUAAGAGGACAGUCUUCGACUCGGAAAAGUGUUACGAGGCGGCAUACGAUGAACACGUCAACACGGCGCACAGCUGUGCGGCAGGGAAGGGAUGCAUCCAGCUCAAGGAGGAAGAUGAGGAGAUGGGCGGUAGCGGCGAGGGGCCUGUGAUCUGUGAAGAAUGCGCAGAACAGCUGGGACAGAGUAUAGUGUAUUGUUCAUCCCGCUGCGCCAGCUCAGAUUUCCAGCCUCAUCGUGAAGGGGUUCACAUCCCGAAUUGGAAGGGACUCGGCAUCGAUAUCGGCACUCAGGGGGAGCACUUGGUCUACGACAACGAUGAGAAGACCAAGUAUCACGUCAACGACAUCUCCAAGUUUGUGUGGCGGCUUGACGACGCGUUUGAUCGCGUCUUCAAGGGGAGCAAUCCUGAUAUCAAAGAUGUACAGCGCUAAGGAAGUGCUCACCAACAUGACUCCUUCGAAGACUUUCAGUAGAGUUGGUACAGCGCGACAUUUCUUACGAGGCGAAUCUUGCCCGUGAGGUCGGCUUAUGAUAACAAAUACAUCCCAUUCAAAUAACAAAGCAUUAUCCUACCAAACCUUCCAACUCAAAUAAGCGUAUCCGUGAGUGGUUGACGAGGCUCAUGGUGACGUUUCAGAAAGCCA